AUGAAUUUGGAGGGUCUUCGGCUUGCUCCUCUGGCUACUGUUAAGCAUCUAAUUAGACUGGCAUCUGACCACUAUCCGCUGCUUCUUUGUUUAGCUCCUACAUUGCAUAAACCUGAAGGUAGAUGGCUCAGAUUUGAAGACAUUUGGAUGACGUAUCUGGUUACUUGGAAGAUUGUGUGGAAGAAUUGGACUAAGCAAGACUAUGGGCAACUUGCGGAUGUAUUGAAUAGGAAAUGCCAUAGAACUUUGAGGGCUCUAUUUUUUUGGAGUCGUAACUGGUUGAAGGAAUUGGGAGAGCUCAAGAAUUCACUUGAGGCACACAUGGAGGAGCUUUGGGUUAUUGAAAGCAGUGCAAGGGUGCUCACUGAAGAGCAGGAGCAGGAGAUGAGGAGGAAGGCAGUUGAAUUGAAAUCUACUUUGGCGCUUAUUGCUACUUGGUGGAGACAGCGGGCCAAAACUAGGUGGAUUGAGGAAGGAGAUGCUAAUUCACAUUUCUUCCAUGCUACGGCAUCGGCGCGUAGGUGUGGCAAUAGGAUUGGGGAAGUUCUGAAUUCAAAUGGGGAAUGUGUUGCUGAACCGAAAGCUAUUCAAUAUGAAUUUAUGAACUUCUUUAUGAGCAAAUGGAGAGACAGACAAGUUUGUAUGGAUCAUUGGCUGGAUUUUCAGAGCAAUGACAAAGUUCCUAAAUUUAUGAUUGGAGGCUUGGAGGCUGCUAUCACAGAGCAAGAGAUCCAGAAAGCUGUAUUCUCUAUGGGGAAGAAUAGAGCAUCGGGAGUUGAUGAUGACAUCUUAGUAUUUGCAGAGGCUUGCCGUGGCAGCGCCAAUCAGAUUAUGAAUAUCUUGAAUGAUUAUUGCUCGUGGACUGGACAAAAAAUUAAUAGUGGGAAGUCUGCUAUAUUGUUCAAUAGGAGAUGCCAGAGCUGGAAGAAGAGAAUAAUUUCUAAAUUGAUGGAGUUUCGUAAAGUGAAUUCAUUGGAGUACCUUGGAUUGCCCCUGGUCAUGAGGAAAUUAGUUGUAGACGACUUUGCCAAAGUCUUGAAGACUGCUCAUGAGAAAACCAACCUGUGGGGGAAGAAGCACCUGUCGAUGGCGGGGAGAGCUCCCUUUAUUAGAACGUCGCUGUUAACUAUCCCUAUGUACUUAAUGACUCAUACUGCGGUUCCUUUGGGGGUUCUCAGCAAGGUGGAAAGAAUGUGUAGGAGGUUCUUAUGGCGAAAGGAUGUGAAUAGCAGAGGGAUGAAUUAUGUUGCAUGGAAUGAGCUGUGUCAACCUAGGGAGCAAGGGGGACUUGGAUUUCACUGCCUUGCUUUAUGGCAGAGUUCCCUGAGAGCACGUUUGGCGUGGGAGGUUCUACAAAAUGACAAUUCUCUAUUAAAAAAGGUUGUCUUACCUAAAUAUGUGGCUAAUAUUUGGUGUUACAAGAAGGGAAGAAAUGUGUCUAUAUCCUGGAAGGUGAUCCUAGAUGGUGCUGCGGCCCUUCGGUCCCAUUCUCAGAUGGAAAAUUGGAGAUGGCCACCAGGUGGAUGUGCUGAAUGA